GGUGCAAAUGGUCUUGCAAAUGCAAAUUUCGGUGCAAGUGCAAAAUAUUUUUACACCAUGUUCUUAAACAAAAACAAAUUGCAUGUGUUUUGCAAAUGCAACACUGUUAUGCAAAUGCUACACUCAACCCCUAUUGUAUAUGUGCAAAUUAGUAUAGCAUUUCAAACAGCUGAUUUCUUUUGCAUACAUAUUUGUUUCGAUUUUUGGCACGUCAGGAAAAAUUUUUGGUAAGAAAAGUAAUUUGAAAGAAUUAACAAUUUAAAACUUAAUAAAACUAUUUACAGCAAAAUGAGCGAUAAAAAAGUGAAAAGGGAGCGACCGAACAAAAAAUGGACGAAGGAAGAAAUCAACAAGCUUUUGGAUUUUUUGGAGGAAGCAGAUGAAAUUGAGGCUCCAACAGCACAAUUUUUUUACAAAAAAUGCAUUCAGGUUAAGGGGAUCGAAGCCACGUGGGACUUGCUGUGGUGGAAGGUACGCCACCUAAAAAGUACAUUCAAUAAAGCGAAUGAUUAUCGCACCUCAACUGGCGCUGGAAUUGAUGAAAUGGAUGUGGGCGUUGGCAGUUUUGAAGACAAAAUUGAGAAAAUGUGCCCCCAUUACAAUCGGCUAAACAAAAUUUUCGGAGCUAAAUCGCAUGCGCAAAAUAAUUUCUGCGCUGUCGACACGGGCAAUGACUUGCUGCUUAUCGUGCCACAGUCGUCAACAAUUUCACUGUCAACAAUUUCCCCACCAGUACAUUCACCGCCAAUAGUCUUUCCACCAGCAAUUUCACCGUCAAUAGCCUCGCCAUCAGCAUUUCCACCGCAAAUAAUCUACCCACCAGCAAUAUCACCACAAAUAAUCUCUCCACCAGCAAUAUCACCGCCAAUAGCCUCGCCGCCAGCAGUUCCACCGCCAACAGUUUCGCAGCAACCACUCCCACUUGGGGCUGAUUUUCCACAAUCAGUUAAAACCAUGGCUAAAAAUAUGAAAAUGCAGGCUCCCAAAACAUCAGCGGCUUGUUUGAUGGUUUACCAGCAAAACAGAAUGGAGUUUGAAAAAGAAAAGCUUCAAUUUGAAAAAGAAAAGUUGGAGAAGCAGCUAGAACUAUCAAAAGCUGUAAUUGAGUUGAAAAAAGAAGAGCUAAAACUUCAGAAAAUGAAAUUGGAGCAAGAUGAAAAAAUGAAAAGGCUAGAAAUAGAAAAAGACGAACGAAUAGCUAUGUACGAAAUAAAAAUGAAAUACAUGAAGUAAUACAAAAUUUAA